AUGUCUGCCGGAGCACAACCUGACCGGGUCCUCUGGCUUUCCGAGGAGUGUCCUGAGAUGAUGGACCUCUUCAUCCUGUGGCUGUACCGGCGCAACUCAUUCCGAUCUAUGCUGGAACAGAUGAUCGCUACCGUGGCUGUUCAGCUCACACCAGCCAACAAAGCCAAGAUACAAGCCAGCAGACGAGCACUUCACUGGAACAUUGUGAAGCUGCACAUGUUCGCUGCCGUGAUACGGUUAUCCGCCCUCCAGGACAUUACCAUGGACGCCGUGCAGGACAUGUACCUCCGAUGUGACUGGGAUGUGUCUUACUCUUUUGUGCGUCACCUCUACGAGGAAUGCUCGCGCGAGCAGUCUUUCCGUCUUCGGAAGUGGUCCGUCGCGAUGCUGGCCUGGACGCUGAGCAACGGGGGCGGGGACGCCCUAUCAUACAACGAGCUUUUCGACGAGUUCCCGGAGCUGGGGGUCGACUACACCAAGCACGUGGAGAAGAUGGCCGACAGCAGGGCCAACGUCAGCGUGAAGAACCCACAGCUUAGGCUACCUCGCAAUAAGCUCAAGAACGACGAGCGCAACUUCGGCUUCCGGCAGUGCUCCUUCCACAGCCAUCGGUCCUCCGUCGGAGAGGGGAGGUGCCCUUACGCCCUGGAGCAGCAAUCGGUGCUAAGCCCCAGGACGGGUGAGGGAUUCGAAGACGUGUCGCCGCAGUCAUCGCCAGUCGAGGUGACGACCCCAUCGCCGUCUAAGACUCGUCCUCCACAUAGCCGGCUCAAGAGCAGUGCCUCGGCCAUAUGGACUGUACCUGAAAGUGCCGACGAGACUUGA